UUCACGCUCGCGCCGCUCCCGCUCCCUCUCCCACUAAACCCCAUUUGGAGGAGAAAAUGCAGAAGUAGAAGAGAAACCUGUUACUCAGUUUCCCUUCUUUUCCUGCUGUUUUCUCAGCAACCAAACACAGUAAACCGGUACUAUGAAGCUAGAGUUGCCUCCACCAAUCCAGAACUAUAUCAGAAAGGGUUGGAAAUUCGUAUAUGGGUUCGCAUUCAAAGGGUCGAUUUAAAGCAUGCACUGAGGAUAGGAUUAGUGGAUUACCAAAUGAAAUUCUCUGCCACAUUCUUUCCUUCCUUGGAACAGACGUGGCUGUAAAGACCAGCCUUUUAUCCCACAGGUGGAAGAAUGUGUGGACUAAAGUUCCUACUAUAACUCUAUGGGAUUUCGAUUAUCGAAAUAGUUUUUACAGAGAUCGCUUUGGGGAAUUUGUGGAUCAUGUUCUGUUAUCGCGUGGCUCGUCAGACAUCCAUACAUUCCAACUUCAUUGUUCUGAAUUUGAGGAUGAUUCUCGGUUUGAUGCUUGGAUUUGCCCCGCCGUUGAGCGUAAUGUUGUUGAACUGGAAUUUUCUGUUCUGUGUUAUCUUUGUGAGGAGUCCGGGAUGGAUUGGGAAGACUGGCUCUAUGAGUUUCCAAGAAGCCUUUACAUGUGCAAAACAUUGGUGGUUUUGAAGCUGAGGCUGCUAUCAGUUAUUACCAUCACUCCCACCUUAGAUUGUUUCCCAAGUCUCAAGGUUCUCCAUCUUACAAUCUGUCAUACUGAUACCGACUCAAUGGGGAAACCCAUUUCUUGUUGCCCUGUACUUGAAGAUUUGAUUAUAGUUGGAUCACUUCAAGAAUUUUCGUAUUUAGAAUUUAAUAUCUCCGCACUGAAACUAAAUAGCCUACUGAUUUAUUUGGAACCAUUUGGUAGAGAUAAGUACAACAUUUUUGUUAAUAUCAAUGCUCCAAAUGUUGAAAAUUUGGAAUCGUGGAUGAAGUUUUGGCAAUUUAACUUGUUUAUUUUAAAUAAUCUUUACAAGUCGCAAACUGUUGUUGCUUACUAUGGGAAAGACUUCGUACUCCAUGUACCCCGUGUAUGGUGUCCGCCAAUGUGGGUACCUAUUUCCUUGUCAUCAUCAUGCCUCAAGACCAUUUGCAUACGGGGAUUCAAGGAACGGCCAGAUGAGAUGGAAGCGGCAAAGUACUUGUUGAAGCAUGGUGAAGUCUUGAAUAACUUGAUAAUUUAUACUCCGUGAUUUCCCUGUAGAACACAUGAUGGAGUUACGCCAGGAGAUUUCAAUGUUCCCUAGGGCUUUGAAGGCUUGUCAAAUUGAAUUUCCAAAAUAGUGCUAUCUAGAUUUUUACUUGGAUUCCAUUUUCAAAGUUGUGAAGGGGUACUGUCUUUGUUGAUGGAAGUGCACAAGUGUUUUUAACUGUUCUUA